AUGACUGACCCAACCCAAAAGCAAUUAGAAUAUUAUCACAAUAACAAAGUAUUGAUAGCUUCGCAGCGAAAAAUAGCUGUACCAAAAUUAUAGUCACCUCAGAUUGGUUAUUAAGAACCUAAAUUCCUGUCACUUAGGAAGGCUGUAUCGCAAUAGGAAAUUUGUGUGUAUAAAUAACAUGCAUUUAUGAAUCCUAAUAAUCAAAAUAGGGGCAAUUAUGAAUAAAGAAUUACUUUAUAAUGA